AUGAUGAAUAUUAAUUUGGCCAAAAUAUUUUCGUUAUUGUUGAUUUUAAUUUGGACACAAGAGCGUUUAUUGGCGCUAAAAGCAAAAUUACUUGCUACUCAUGUGCUGUAUCGACAUGGUGAUCGAACACCAUCUGGAACUUUUGCAACAAAUACUGUACAGGAAUCAUUUUGGCCUAAUGGGUAUGGACAAUUAACAAAAUUGGGACAAAUGCAAAGCAUUAAACUAGGCUCGUAUGUACGUAAACGAUACCAAAAUUUAUUAAAUUCUACUUAUAUUGCAAAUGAAAUUUAUAUUCGUAGUACAGAUACGGAUAGAACAUUGAUGUCCGCAUAUUGUAAUCUAUUAAGUUUAUAUCCAACAUUAGAAAUUAAUGAAUCUUUAACAAUGGAAAUGCCUUCAAUGUUAGUACCAUGGCAACCAAUACCAGUUCAUACUCUGCCAAGAUCAAUCGAUCAUGUGAGCUGA